AGCCCUGUCAGAUAUAGCAGCCGGCAUAAUUAAGCAUCAUACAUCUUAUCUAGGUUGGACCGGGUUGGACCAUGGUUUCUGUUCGAAACCGGGGCCUUCUAUCGCAGCCUCUGGAUCCAUUGAACAAACAAUGACAUGGCUCUCCCCCCCCCUCGCUGAUAUUAUAUUUAGCUCCAUGUUACCCCGCCUGCGUCACCCUGAGAAGCAUGCGCCCAAGAGAUAUAUCUGUCCGACCCUUCGCAGCGCAUUCUGCGACACUCAUCAAAAACCCGCGGCCAAGCAGCACACGUGGGGCUAUCACUGACACUACUCUGACGAGGCUCGGCUCUGCCCGCGCGGCUAACGCACAAGGGGAAACCCAGAUUGGAACGAACCUCGACGUGAAACACAACAAAACGACGACUUGAAGCCGAGGCCAAACUAACCCCCCCAACCCCCGCCGAUGGCGCCAACACGCUCCGACUGGGCGGCUACUAUUACUACUACGUCGCAGCAGCAGCAGCAGGCGCACCGCCCCGCAACCCCGGAGGCGUACCACCCCGCAACCCCGGAGGCGUACCACGGCGAAGAGUCGUCAGGCAGGAGGAGGAACGGCGACGGCGGCGGCCCGGCCCGGACGGCGUUGCUGCGGGCCCUGAACGGGUCGGCCCACGCUGCCUCGUGCGCCGUCUUGUUGGCGAUCAUGGGCGAGUUCCUGGCGCGGACCCGGGGGAUGGUGGAUGCGGGGCAGCAGGUUGGGUCGUUGGUUCCACUCGCCGCCACCACGAUAGCUCUCCUCUGCGCCGACGUCGCGCUCGACGUCUCGGCCGUGGCGGCGCGGUCGCGCGGCUGCUGGCCCGCCUGGGCGCUCGUGCCGCGCCUGGCCUGCGGCGUCGGCUACCUCGCCGUCUUCAUGGCCUACGUCGGGCUGGGCCGCGUGUUCCCAGACGGGUACACGUUCUGGGGCGUCGAGGAGGGGUUCUGCGGGCCCUUUGUGUACCUCCUGCUCUGGCUGAUCGGGGUCUGGAAUCUCCUCCACACGGCACUGCACCGGCACGAGCUUGGUAACGGGUUCCGGACGUACGUGACUGGCCUUCGGGCAUGGUCCAGGGCCGAUCCCGGCCAUAGCCACGAUACUUCGAGCGCCCCUCGGCGAUCUCUAAAUUCGGUAUGGAGACGAUUGAGUGGUAGCUGGGCGAGGAGGAGAGCAAACGAUAUAGGAGAGGGGGAUAUCGAGAGGAAUAUCGAGGGGAACCAGUCACGUGGGCCCCGGCCGAAUAGCACAAACACCAUCUCUCUUGUCGAGAGACACGAUGACCACAAGGCGGAGAGCUUGACGACAACCUCGAGCGGACCGAGUACAGCCGAAGUCACGGAGAUUGAGCAGGGGGAUUCGUCGCCUAUUCAGAAUGGCGAAGUAAGGUUAUGACCUUGGCAGGAACCUGGUGUUUCGUUUGAUAUAUUGGAUACCCCCGUUAAGUUACAUUAUUGGAUACCAUAUUCUAAAGAUACUCAUCUUUAUGCCCCUCGCCAUCUCUAAGAUGAUGGAAUGUGCACUACCAUGCCCUCUCGAAGCUGCGAUGGGGACAGUUCGAUUGUCAUGUGAGAGCCCGGCUCUGCCUUAAGUUGCUACUUCGUCCUCUCAACAACACCAUUCCACGGAGCAAGUGGCUAAUCACUACCACGA